AUGCUUCUCUUCGCCCUUUGCUGGUCACUUUUGGCCUCGGUCGCUUUCGCGGCCUUCGGGUACACAGAUCAAGGAACCUACUGGACUAUCGACUCCGGAGCGAACCUUGUGAUCCAGGUCAGCAAGACCAAUGGAGACAUCACCUCUAUGAAGUACAAGGGUGUCGAGUACAACGGCUAUGGUGGAAAGAACACCCAUGUAGAGUCUGGACUCGGGGCCAGCACGGUCACCAUCCAGCAGUUCUCCAGUCCCUCCGCCAUCAUCAAGGUCUCAGUCACAUACGGAACCCUCAAGCACUACCUGUUCGUCAGAUACAAGAACGACAACGUCUACAUCUUCACGAACAAGGCCGAUGCCUCCGUCACUGUCCACCGAUACAUUGUUCGCAUGAAAGGCGGCAGCUUUUCUCACAACCCGGACGGGUCCAGCAGCGGCGACUCGGACUUCUACCCAGACGGCUCUUCGUUCAUCGAGGCGUCGGAUGUCUCGGGUCUCAGCGAUGGAACCACAUGGUCCAAGCACUACAACGGAGGUCUAUACGGCCGUGUCAAGGACUUCGAUUACGUCGGAGUGUCUAAGACAGGCGUGGAUGUGUACAUGAUCCGGUCAAACCACGAGAAGGCCUCUGGUGGGCCCUUCUUCCGCAGCCUUCAGCGCCGUGCCGACUCCGGAGGUGAGGAUCUUUACGACAUAUACUAUUAUAACAUGGGACACACCGAUCCCGAGCGUUUUGGCUUGCAAGGCCCUUCCGUCCUGUCAUUCACCGAUGGAUCAAAACCCAACACCGCGCUGUUUGCCAGGAACGCCGACUGGGGUUGGUUCGACACACUCGGCAUCGACGGCUGGGUUCCUGCGUCAGGCCGCGGCGCAGUGGCGGGUGUGGGCUUGUCUAACAUGAAGAGUGGCCGCACGUAUACCGUGGGCCUGUCGAAUGCUAACGCCCAAUAUUGGGCGACAGCGGCCGCGUCUGGUGGUGGCUGGCAGAUCACCAAGGCCCUGCCUGGGACGUACACCCUCACAGUCUACAAGGACGAGCUGGAAGUCUACACCGGAAGCGUGACCAUCACUGCGGGAGGCAAGGCAGCGCUCAACACCAUUACUCUGGUCGACCCGAGCGACAAGACAGCCCUCUGGCGCAUCGGCGACUGGGACGGGACGCCGUCCGGCUUUUUGAACUUCGAGACGACGCCGUGGAAGCCGACCUACAUGCACCCGUCCGACAGCCGCAUCGCAUCAUGGGACGUUGGCAACUUCAUCGUCGGUACUACAGCGGUGUCGAGCUUCCCUUCAUACAUCUGGCAAGACGUCAACAACGGCCACGUGAUAUACUUCCGCUUGAAUGCCGAGCAGCUCACCCAGGCACAUACGGUCCGGAUCGGAAUCACGGAGGCCUGCAUAGGCGGCCGCCCUCAGAUUACUGUCAACGGAUGGACUAGCAAGAUCCCUGCUGCGACGACCCAGGCGUCGACGAGGUCCCUUACGGUUGGAACAUACCGGGGGAAUAAUGCUGUCCUGGAGUACACUGUGCCGGCGACGGCCUGGCUGGCCUCUACCAGCGACUGGCAGGUUUUGACGAUCAAUGUCGUGACGGGCAGCACAGGGACGAAGUACUUGAGCGGUGGGAUUUCUAUUGACUGUGUUGAGUUGGUCUAG